CCACUGCCUUUUGUCGUAAGGGAGUAAAGAUGGCGCCCACGCAUGUAUUAAGAUGCUGCCAACGGGGAUUAGCUUGGAUUCCAGUUAUUUUUAUUGCCUUAGUGGUCUGUUGGUCGUAUUACGCGUAUGUUGUGGAACUGUGCAUAAUCACCAUCCCGAGCACAGGGGAAAAGAUUGUGUACCUGGUGCUCUUCCAUCUCUCAUUCAUCAUGUUUGUUUGGUCGUAUUGGAAGACCAUUUUCACUAGACCAGCAAACCCCUCCAAAGAGUUCUGUUUGCCAAAAGUGGAGAAGGAGCAGUAUGAGAAGGAGGAACGUCCAGAGAACCAGCAGGAGAUCCUGAAGAGAGUGGCCAGCAGUCUGCCUCUUUACACCCGCACUGGGGCAGGAGCCAUCCGCUACUGCGACCGUUGUCAGGUGAUCAAACCUGACCGAUGUCAUCACUGUUCCGCCUGUGACAUGUGUGUGCUGAAGAUGGACCACCACUGUCCUUGGGUAAACAAUUGCGUGGGCUUCUCCAACUACAAGUACUUCAUCCUGUUCCUGGCGUAUUCACUGCUCUACUGUCUGUUCAUCGCGGCCACAGUCCUCCAGUACUUCAUUAAGUUUUGGACACUGUGCCGGAGGAAAUCGGCCGAGAAUUGUCCACAGAAUGAGCUGCCAGAUACUCACGCCAAAUUCCAUGUUUUAUUUUUAUUUUUUGUGGCGGCCAUGUUCUGUAUCAGCAUCUUGUCCCUCUUCAGUUACCACCUGUGGCUAGUGGGAAAGAACCGAUCCACCAUAGAGGCGUUUAGGGCCCCUGUCUUCAGAAACGGCCCCGACAAGAACGGCUUCUCGCUGGGCUUCACCAAGAACAUCGCCCAGGUGUUUGGUGACCAGAAGAAAUACUGGCUGCUGCCUGUCUUCACAAGUCAGGGAGAUGGGCUCACGUUCCCAACCCGUCUGGUGAAUGUUGACCCCGAGCAGCCCGCUGCAAUUCAACACCCAGAUAGCAGUAAAAGUGUUGAAGACGACUCGGUGCCCCAGAGUCCAGUCAGCGACUCCCAGAACCGCCUGCUUGGCAGCGACCAGCACAUCAGCGAUGAGAUCUUGAGCAUCGACCCCCUUAAGUCAGAUGGAACUGAGGUCAUUACGGUGUACAUGGAGAGUGAAUCAUAGCCAGGGUGAGUGAAGUUUGACAGGGGAGACUGCGAUGUCUCUCCGUGCUCUUCCGCCACCCAGGUUUGGGGACUGCUGAGGGAAAGAACAGCCAUCCAAUCAGAUGCCUUAAACAGACUCCAUCUGAUUACUUUAUCCGUGUUGGACAACCCGUCUGCACGCAUUGAGUUUGGCGCAUGGCCACUGUCCUCUUGGCUAUCGCGUUACUGAUCCCAUUGCUCCUGUCUCUAGUCUUGGUUUGUUUGUUUAUUCGUUUGUUUGUUUCUUUAUUUGUUUGUUUAUUCAUUUGUUUGUUUUGUUUGUUGUCAUUCUCCCUCUCCCUUUUUGACACAUCUUAGUUUGGUUAUGUACAUUCACGCUUGCUAUUGACGUCCUAUAACAUUAAUCACAACAUCGGAACCCUGUGUUCAGCUACCCAAAGUAACGGCUCCAGCAUAUUCAGAUCAGGAAGGGGUUCUGCGCAGUACGAGCUCAUACAAACAGUACCCAACAGAUCAGACUCAGAAUCAGAUCCUUAUGCAGUUCUGAGUCUUUAGUGUUGGAAUGUCUGUUGGUUAAGGCAUUGCCAGAUGAAGGCCAUUAUGCGACCCAUGUGGCUGUGUGAAGCAAUCCCACAAUGCAUUGUUCGCAGUUUUAAAGUACUGUGCUUGUUAAUGAUAUGUGUAGGUUGUGGCAAAGCUUCUGUCAAAAAAUGUGAGCGAGUUAGAACUUUCCCAACUUGCCAACCUUUUUCUAGAGAAAACAUCUUGUAGAUAUUAGCAUAAGAACAUCCCCAUUUGGUUUACAUCUAUUUCAGUCUCUCUAUCGCCACCUGCUAGUAGUUAAGUAUUUUUUUUCUUCCUUUAUUGUAAUGCUGCUCCCUGGUCUUGCCAAAUGGCAUUUGACUCAUAAAACCAUCUGCAGUGGAUGAGGCUGGAGACCCAGAACUAAGCUGUUCCUUCACUUUUGGUCAUAGCAGUACUCGACAUGUCGAGAGACUUGUCGGGAGAAUCGUGUGCCUUAUUUCACUUGUUUUGAUUUUACUUGAACGUCAUGGCAGCCAUGUUGAUCUGAUGCAUAGGACGCAGACUGUGUGUCAGUGGGCAUGUCUAACCUAUGGGCCCCGACAGGUUCAGAACAGCUCCAUAAUAGAAGCUUUCACAUCCAUGCUAGACUGAGAAACAUUUGUAAUGUUGAGGGAUAUCAAGCACAGCCUUGGUCUUGUAAAUUCUGUAUGUGGAAAGCUUGUUAACAGAUGCACUAUGAUUGGAAAAGGCCUUUAUCCAAAUGCUGCUUUAGGAAGGAGGGAGAACAGGCUCCUUACACAAACAAUGAAGGAGCCCGAGGUUUGAGCAGGCUGGUGUUUUCUGUCUGUCUGUUUUUUGUUUUGUUUGUUUGUUGUUUACUUCACUGUUUCUAUACUGAUGUUUACACUACAUGUCAGGUUCAAAAAGGGGGGGACUUUGACAAAAAAAGGACAGACCUUUAUAUCAGAUUAGAUAGCCAUCGCCGGCCUUCAGAAAUGACCUGGAGAUAUCAAAGGGAUUUCUCUCUCUCUCUCUCUCUCUCUCUCUCUCUCUCUCCCCGCGCCAAAGCCUUACAGACAGAAAUAUGAAAGGGACAAGUGUUUUAGAAACAUGAUUGGGACGCAUGUUUCAGUUACAGAUUAGUGCAGGAAAGAGCACACGAAGGGGCAUUUGCACUUUUAAAGACUUAUUUUUAGGAGAUGUACAUACAGUAGUUGUUUGUUUUGUUUUUACUUAAUGUGCACACACAAAAUCGUGUUCUCCAAAGUAUCAUACUCUAAGAUUGCCCACUGGGGUUGGCAUUUGGCACUUGGGGUGAUUUGAUUUACAGUAGAACAAUGUAACAUUAAAAUUGCUAGGCCAAAUUCUGCGUCUCUGAAGAAUGGGAAGGGGAAAGUUGCUUUAUAAGCUGGGCGAUGGUGCGAAGCAAGUCAGCCAGGAGAUGUGUGUACAAUUCACAUGUUUCUUCUCCUGCUUGGUUUCCUCAUCAAAGAUCUCUCUCAAUGACAUAAACAGGAUGUGUAAUAUGUCGGUGUGAGCGAUUCUCUGCAAGCCUCAGCCAAUGUGCACCAAGCUGUUUUCAUGGAAGAUCUUCUCUGAAAUGGAGGUGGAGGUCGAGUUCAUGAUUAUGUAGUUAGACAUCGCUCACAUUUUUUGCCAAACAAAUCACUGGGCAACCCGAGUGCUGACCACCUGUGGAUUGUUUACAGUUUUGUGUCCAUUUAUACCUCUUUGUUUCCAUAGCAUGGCCAGUGCCAUCAAGCUAACCAAAUGAAACAACUUGUGUUUGUCCUGGUGACUUCAAUGAUUCAACUUGCCCUUUUCCCAAGGGACUACUGCAGUACCAGUGCUGGCCAGCUGAUUGCAGUACUCAUCCAGCAUGCAGUGCAAUAUCUGGGACUUUAAUUGCCUCCGAUGUUUGCCUAUUUUAUUUUUUACGAUUUUUUUUUUUUUUUUUUUUUAAAGAAAUGUUUUCUUGAUCCUGAUGUUCCAUGUGAAAUCCAAAGUUCACUUGUGUGGCUGCUGUUUUGUUCUGGUGACUAAUGUGUCUGUAGUUCAGCUCCUGUACUUUACUCUGUGAGUGAUGAGUACGUCUACAUAGCUGCUGUCUGAGUGUGUUGAGUAUAGUGGCUGUUGUUGAAUGUAUUUGAGGUUUGGUGGUGGUGGUGGUCGUUUUGGCGGUAUGAGGAAACAUCAGAGUGUGUGUCAUUCUGCUCCUCUGCCGCCGUUGCCACGUGGUGAUAUCUUCUUGCGUUGUCUUUUGCUCCGCCAUGCACAUAAAGGCCAGUCCAGGAUGUUACCGUAGUGACCAUUGGACUCUUCCAGACCUGGUACCUAAUGUAGCUCUGGCGAUACCUGGAUGCUCCACCUGUCCCUGACGUAGUGCCCCAAAACCUCUUAAGAGCUGCUGUCAUUGUUAGAUGACCAAAAAAACAUAAGUGACAGAGAUUUUUGGCAUCAAUCCACCAAUCCAUGAUCCUUGCUGUGUUUACACAAACUGGAGAUGUUCCCCUGAUUUCCCAUUCAGCAGCAGAAAAUGUCAACAUGAACAGUUCCAUAUGGUGUAUGACAUCAGGAACAUAUCAAUUGCAGAUGCACCUGGCUUACGAGCAUGCAGAAAUACAAACGAUUUUUUGUUUUCAACCAUUUCAUAUUGUAUUUGUUUUUUUUUUUAAUGAAAACAUUUUAUAUUUGUCUUCUUUGUUAAGUAUCAUUACUAUUAAAACGAUAUAUUUGAAGCCAUAAUCACUUAUAGGAAGGAAUACCUUGGACCAUUUCAAGUCCAAGUUUGGUGGUUAACAGAAAGACCUGUUUUACUGCAUGAGAAGUACAAAGAUAUUUGUACUCUCAUUAUGUGUGCCAGCUUGGGUUCCUUUGUUUUGAUAUCAUGUUUUAAAAAAGAAAUACAUAUGAGAAAGAGAUAGCGAAGAAACAAACUUGCAUUUUUCUCACCUGAUUAUCUUUAUCGUUGAAUAUUUUGUGAAUGAAGUACUUGCAUAUAAAUAUAUUGCAAUUAUUUGAAGAAACAAUAAAUGUUCUUUUUGUAAACCUCCAGGAUGACUUCUGCCUCUGGUAUGUCUUCUAUGUUUGCAUGGGAGUUCAAUGUUCUUUUGGUUGCAUUUUUUUUGCCCCUCUCCUCUGAACUUUGAUCUCUGUUUGCCAGUGUUCUCCAAGCCUCUCUCUGGCCACUCUACUGCAUGCUCUGUUUCAUUGAG